AUGAAGACCCAAUUCAAUCAGCUUUCAGGGCUCGCUCCUUGGGGCUUGCUCUGCCUCUUGACACAGGUUGUCAAUGCAUGCCCUUCGGUUUCGACGUCUACCCAUAAGACUGGAUUCACCCACCAACACCAUCAUGCUCGUGCUAUCAACUCACGCGCCGCCGGAACUAACUCCUGCAAACUUAAGCCGACUUCCGUGGAUCUCACCGAGGGCAUCGGUGCUACAGACCAGACUUUUGCCCCAAGCACAGGCACCCUCAACGCCUAUAUGAUCUUUGUCGACUUCCCUGAUGCAAAGGCCUCAGAGCCAACUGAGGAACUACACCAGCUCUUCAUUCCCGGCGCACCAGACUGGUACAGCAAUUCCUCCUUUGGCCAACUUACUCUCAAUGUCACCGCCGACACAUCCCGAUUCUACCGCAUGCCCGCAGAGUCCUCCACCUACUCCUACGACCGGUCAAUCACCUCGGAGCUUCUAGAAAAAUACAUCCAAGAUGCGCUCAACUCAGUCGGCAAGGCCAUCAGCUUCGCCGGCACCGAUGUUCUCUAUAUCGUCCCGACCAAGGCAGCAAAGCACAUCUCGUUCUCACCUACCUUCAUGGGCCAACUGACGGCAGGGGAUGGAACUGUCAUCAGCAAAACCGUCACCUUCGGCCAAGACGCUCCUGACGCAUGGGGCUUUUUGGUCAUGAACCACGAGACAGGACACACAAUGGGUUUACCGGAUCUGUAUCCCUCGGAUGGUUCUGGCGGCAGCACCACCAUGUAUGUUGGUGGGCAUGACAUUAUGGGUUUGAUCAGCGGAGUGCUUCCAGAUUACUUUGCGUGGCACAAGUGGAAGUUGGGAUGGUUUUCCGACAACCAGUUCGAUUGUGUGGCCGGUGCUGGAUCGACCACUCACACCAUUACCCCCGUUGGAACCAAGGAGGGCGUUAAAGCAGUCGUUGUGAAGCGGGACGAGACUACUGCUAUUGUCGCUGAGGUCAGAGCCAAGGCUGGCGCGGAUAGCAAGGCUUGCAGUUCCGGAGUCCUCAUCUAUACCGUAUCAACAUCCCUGGCUUCCGGUGCUGGCCCUAUUCGCGUCCAUGAUGCGACUCCAGGUUCUGGGGGCUGCGAUGAUGAUGAACUCAAUGAUGCCCAUUUUACAACCGAGGCGGGCCGGAAGACCUUUUCCGAGGAUGGAGUCAAAAUCACUGUGGUUGGGCAGAAGGGAGAUGACUAUACCGUUACAGUCGAGGUGGAGUGA